AUGUCGGGUAGGACUGCCCUGUUCGGAAGGCCUCAGCAAUCUCAAACACGACAUUUACUGCAAUUCAAAGCAGGGAAAAUGACGAUUGGUGACGAUAACUGGGUUCAUGCUGACCCUCGCAAGGGGUGGGUGUAUGUUUAUCAGUCCGGGGACGGAAAGUUACACUUCUGUUGGAUCGAUCGCAAGACGUUUCUUGUUGAAGAUAAUUUCGUCAUUAAUGCCAAACAGGCUGAGUUUCAAAAGAUUCCACAAUGUACAACGGGUAGAGUUUAUCUCCUUAAGUUCAAAGGUCCCAAACAUUUUUUCAUCUGGAUGCAAGAACCCAACGGAAAAAAUGAUAGUGACAUUUGUUCAAGAAUAAACGACUACAUUAGGUCUCCACCCGCACAAACUACAACACUCUCAAGUGACUGGCUUAGUCGUUUUGAAAGUCUUAACCAACUUUCUCACAGCGAUAUUCUGGCUUUGUUGUCGAUGGGGGUAGGGCUUGGAGGUGGAUUAACUUCUGAAUCUGAUAUAUCAUCUGCUCAAGCAAAUGCUGUGACAAUCGGGCGUCAUUUAAAUACGGGACACCUAGAUGAAUCUAAUGUAUCUACACCUGUCAUUGGGACUACUGCCACACCAUCUUCAGGAACUUCAUCCACUGGCGGUAACUCUCUACGCCCAUCUACAACCGAUAAACGACUUGAAGCUGGGAAAAUACAACUUCAGGACUUGAGAAAUAUCCUCUCAUCAAUCUCUACUGGAAUGCGGAGUUCAUCAAAUGAUGCAAAGGUAGAAUUAAACGAUGUCUUAAACGUAGAUAACUUACAUUCACUUUUGAAUAAGCCGGAUAUUCAAGAAAGAUUGUUGCCUCAUCUUCCUCCUCUGGAUCCUGAAUCAGCGAGUACAAAUGACUUGGAAAAUAUCACUGCAAACAUUCAGUCAUCUCAGUUCAAAACCACUUUGAAAUCCUUCUCAGCUGCUUUUCGAACAGGUGAACUCGCCCCUGUUUUGGCUCAAUUCAAUUUGGGUAUAAAAGCCGAUGAAGCUGCAAGACGAGGUGACCUGGUGGCGUUUUCAAAUGCACUCCAAGGAAAAACGACUGAUACAACCUCUCAACCCUCAAAUGACAGCGGUUCGAAUGUCACCCAAAGUACGACUUCUCAGGAAUCAUCAAAAGACAAGUCAGACCAUAAAAAGGAAGGAAAAACUAUUGCAGAUACUAAAGCUGAUAAAAAGGAUGAGUCUUUUGAUGACAAUAAAAUGGACACAGAUUGA